GCCCAGCCCUUUGUCCUUACCCGGAGGCCGAGUCCUACUGGGAGCCUAGGCUGGUGGGUCAGAUGUGGGGUGCUUGAAGCACACACCGACUCCCCACCCCCAGGCGGCAUUGGGACGAGCUCACUGUAAGAAAGUGUGCCUAUUCCCGAGUACCCAAUUGCUAAGGCGCCGAACCACGGGACUGGAGCCUGGCGUUAGAUUCACGGAAGACGUUCUCUUGGUUCCCACACCCUGUCUUUAGGGGCAGCAGGGUCGCCCCGAGACCACCCCUAUGCCCGCCCACCCCUCACUUAGCAGUCUCCUUUGUCUUCAGGUUUGGGUGGUGGUGCUGGUGCAGGGACCGCAGUGAAGCAUGGUUGGUAUAACUAGGCUAUUCUAUAGACCAGAUUCCAAUUAAACGCAUUUUCUGCCAAUCUUUUUGUUUGUAAUUUUGCCAGUCUUGAUGAGGGCCAGACAACCACGUUAGAAGCAUUGCUUCUCUAGUUGUUCGUUAUCCACUUGCAGAAAUGACUCCCUGUGCUUACUUUGUAUUCUGGAAGAUUGCUUUGUACAACACUGUUUUCACAAAGAGGCAUCAUGAAAAACCGUUUAUUUUUUAGGUCGCAUUCGAGUUCCGGAUACUUAAAAACAUGAUAUGACCAGGAUCUGUCAGACAGAUUUUUCCUUAUUUCAGGCUUGAAUUAAGCCUGUUCUUACCCCCUCUUCCCUCGUUAUUAUGUAUGUACCAAUUACUAUUCACUAAAGAUAUGCUUUUCUGAAUUUAUAAACAAUAUUAUAAGCACGCAGCUACUAUUUCAAAAUGCAUUACCAUCCACAUAACAACCAUGGCAAUGCAAUAUUUCAACACCCAGUAUAUAGUUUAUAAAAUCUGUACCCUCAAGAUUCCUUGAGAACGGUGGUAAAUUGAGGGACUGGAUGAUAAUGCAAUGCAGCUCAAUCCUCUGCUCAUAAUUACAGGUCUGGAAAGCUGACUCCAGUGGGGGAAGACCCUCAUGGUUAUGAGAUAUAAACAGAUCUCAAUCUACAUUCUCAUUGUAAAGGUGGAACUGAGGAACAGGGAGAAAGAAGGACAUAACUGACAGGACAAGGGAGAGCAGAAAUAGGAAUAGCUUCAUUAGGGGGUGGGGGAGCUCCCGGACAGGUUCCAUGACCAAGGCCAACAGGUCAGGGAAGUUGUGCUCAGCAGCUGGUGCUCAGCAGCUGGGGUCAAGGGUUUUUAAAGGGGUAGUGAGGAAUGUAUGGCAUUAUGGCAAUAAGCACAUGGGUCUGGAAACUGGGAGAAUUGCUUGUCGACUCCUCACAGCUUUCUUUGAACCCAGAACAUCUGGUUUCACUGGUUAUCUGGCGCUGGCUGCUGCUGGCCAUUGGGAUGUGCAGGGAAGCACAUGCAGGGCCUGGACCUGUUUCAGCUUAGUCCAAACGGGGGCUGCCUUGUUCUGACCCGACCCAAACAUUCCAAACUUCUUAAUAUUGGUGAUGGGGUGACCUUUUCUGUCUUAACUACUUCCUGCUGAGAUAGAGCAAAGAAGGCCCAAACACUCAUGACUGGUCAGAGUCCCUCCAGUAAUCCCCCAUAAAGGAACUGUCAUAAAAGAGGGAGCUACCAUAGGAGAUGAGUCAUUCCCGUGUCUGGCUGUGCCUGGAGGUUAUCUGUAGAUAAAAGAAAUCAGGUUCUAUAGGCGAAUCCAUUGCAAAAUACAGCAAACCCCUGGGGAGGGCUCAGGGUUGUUUGAGGUCAACUAGCACUAGGUCAAGAUGACUCACCUCACUGCUGGUUUAUUUUGCUACCCACUUAUAUUACCCAUUGACUAUAUAAUAUGUCUGCUGUAUGAUGCGUAUGCCUUUUGAAAGAUCUGUAAGCCCCAUAGUAUGUACCCAUUGGAAAAUAUGUUCCCUCUCUUAGUCCUGAUAUAGGGACAAGAAGCCCCUGUGGCCUGCUGGUUGCCGAUUUAUCAUUUCCCACAACCUCAAAGUUGCUCCGGAGGACCCGUUUGACUGAGGACUCUCACCCACAGAGAACCCUACCCAAACCUCACCUAGUUCUCUUUUUAAAGAAAGUGGGAUAGUAAUAGGGCACAGAGAAAGAAAUGCAGGAGGACCAUGCAGUAUUUUAAAGAGAUAUAGUCCACAUGUACUUCAUGUGUACUUCAAAGUAUAAAUACCUGUCUAUAUUUAUACAAGUACUUAACAUGAUAUGUAGCUUUAAUCUGAUAUUUUUUAAAAGACUGGAAUACAAUCGUUUGCCAAGAUAUUGUGAACUUACAUGGUUUUGAAGGCAUAAACCUGCUGACUCAGAGGAAUCUCACAGGACCCAGUAGAACUGCCCAAUGGGGUUUUCCAAGGCAAUCAUGCUGGUGGAAAGCCUGCUGCACCCUUUCUCCACCCCCACCCCCCACUCCCCAUCCUCCCCCUCUCACCCCCCAUCUGUAGGUGGGUUCAAGGGGCAGGGCUUUCAGUUAGUAGCCUGGGGCUUAACCACUGAGCUGGCUCCUAGGGGAAAGAAAAUGAAUGAAAUGCUGAAAUAACAGGCUAUAUAUUAAAGAAUACAAAAUAGUAACUUACUGUGGUCAAAAUUAGAUAAAGGAAUUCCUUUUGAAGUAGGCACACUGUAAAUGUUCCCUAGGGCUAAAGCUGAUGCUGACAUCCCUUUGUGUUCCACAGAGCUGUAUGCUCUUCUCUAAACUGACCCACUGCUAAAUCCCUAUUAACUGUGACCCCAUCAAGAACAUUGGUAGCAUUUUAAAAUGACUAGUCUCCCCUAUCUAUUUUAGUGCUACAGACUGCCAUUCCAAAUUAGACUUGCUUUUAGUGUCUCACUUUACACUGUUGCUCUAUAAUUCAUGACCGGGGCACAUGCUGGGAGGCUAGGCAGAGUUGUGAAUUCUGUGCCCGUCAACUACUGGGUGAAAACCAUGUUUUGGAUUCCAUGUGUACAUAGUUAUAUUGAAAACCAGGCCAGGUGUGACCUUGUGCCUAAUUUUCUGCCUUGAAAAUAUGGAUUUGUUAUCUAAAGGUUGCAGCUGAUGACAUUUUGAUAUUAAUAUGUUUGCUGCUGCUACCAAGAGCUUCGUAAAGCAAGUUGGAGAUGGAGGGAGAUUAGUUCCUGUUCCAAGCCUCAGUGAAGCUGACAAAUAUCAACCCCUAAGUCUGGUGGUAAAAAAAAAGCGAUGCUUUCUGUUUCCUAGACAUAAGUUUACCUCAACGCCUUUUACCUUGAAAGAUAUUCUCCUAGGCGACAGAGAAAUUUCGGCUGGUAUUUCCUCUUAUCAAUUACUGAAUUAUGAAGACGAGUCAGACGUUUCACUGUAUGGACGGCGAGGCAACCAUAUUGUGAAUGAUGUUGGGAUCAAUGUUGCUGGAUCCGAUUCUAUUGCUGUAAAAGCUUCCUUUGGUGUAGUAACCAAACAUGAAGUGGAAGUAUCAGCGUUACUCAAGGAAAUUACCACACGGAAAAUUAAUUGUGACCACAGCUUAAUACGUCAGUCAAGGAGCAGCAGAAAGGCAGUACUGUGUGUGGUCAUGGAAAGUAUUCGGACCACACGGCAAUGCUCUCUGUCUGUGCAUGCUGGAAUUCGAGGGGAAUCAAUGAGGUUUCAUUUUAUGGAUGAACAGAAUCCCAGAGGAAGAGACAAAGCUAUUGUGUUUCCAGCACACACAACCAUAGCUUUCAGUGUUUUUGAACUUUUCAUCUACCUGGAUGGUGUGUUUGACCUGUGUGUCACGUCAGUGUCAAAAGGAGGAUUUGAAAGGGAAGAGACAGCAACGUUUGCAGUACUCUACAGACUGAGAAAUAUCCUAUUUGAAAGAAAUAGGAGAGUGAUGGAUGUCAUUUCUCGUUCACAACUUUACUUGGAUGAUCUUGUUUCGGACUUCUAUGACAAACCUCUCAGUAUGACUGAUAUUUCACUCAAAGAAGGGACGCAUAUCCGAGUCAACUUGCUUAAUCACAACAUUCCGAAAGGGCCAUGCAUCCUCUGUGGAAUGGGGAACUUUAAGAGAGAGACAGUUUAUGGGUGCUUUCAGUGUUCUGUUGAUGGACAGAAAUAUGUGAGACUGCACGCAGUUCCUUGCUUUGAUAUCUGGCAUAAGAGAAUGAAAUAAAAUGAAAAAUGACUAUA